UAUACAGUAACCAGGAAAGGCCUACUUUGCUGUUGUUGACAAACAACACUAAGCCCUCUUCUUUCUCAGAAAUCGGCGAUUUCCGAUCCUCAAAACGCUUCAGCGUUUUGCUGUUUUUCGUUUAAAUAAGCUCUGUUACUCAAAUGGGAAGAAUUACUAUAUCAUAGUUCUGUAUUUCAGAUUGUAUCGAUAUGCAAUCCGAAUCCACGGCCGCCGACUUGAGCCAACAGUUAUCGCCUCUGGGAGCAAUUGAUACUCGAGGGAAGCAUCGGAUUUCAGCCGAGUUGAAGCGGCUUGAACAGGAAACGCGAUUCUUGGAGGAGGAGCUCGAAAAACUUGAAAGAAUAGAGAAUGCUUCUGCUGCUUGCAAGGAAAUGCUAAGUAUUUUAGAGACAAAACCAGAUCCACUGCUGCCACUGACAAAUGGCCCAAUUAAUCCCUUAUGGGAUCGCUGGUUUGAAGGACCGCAAGAGUCUAAAGGAUGUCGAUGCUGGAUACUUUGACGCCGCCAGCCAGCCAGCCAAAGAAGGAUUUAGAAUGACUAUUGGCUUUGUGCAUAAUAAUUUUAAAGCAUUUUGAAAUGAUGUUGUUUCAUAUAAGCUUAUUGUUUUCAAUUGUGGCAGUAUAGAUGAAACUCUUUGUGUUAAUUGUGUGAUACAAGUUUAUUGACUAUUUAUUUUGUGGUGUAAUUUGAAUAAAGAUAAAAGUUAAGGAUCAAUUUGAAUAUUCUAUACAAGUCUUGGAGACUUUUUGACU